CUUUUGGUACUUUGUGCCUAAGAGACAUAUCCAAGGUUGAGAUUAGUUUCCAUUUUCUUUGUACUAUUUUCUGGAUAAUAACACAUCAAACAUUUGAAGAGAUGGAGACUGAAGAUGGGUAUAUGAUGUUGAAUUUCAAGAAUCGUAAAUCAAAGCAGAAAUCUAAAGAUUUCUCCGUAUAUCCACAAUAUUAUUGUCUUCUGCUCAUAUUUGGAUGCAUUGGGAUCCUUAUUUUCAUUAUGACAGUGAUUGGCCUGAAGUUCUGGCAUAAAAAAAUGGAUUUCUCCCAGAAUGUAAAUAUCAGCAGUCUGUCAGGACACAAUUAUUUGUGCCCAAAUGACUGGCUGUUGAACCAAGGGAAAUGUUACUGGUUUUCAACUUCUUUUAAAACGUGGAAAGAGAGUCAACGUGAUUGUACAGAGCUACAGGCACAUUUACUGGUGAUUCAAAAUGUGGAUGAGCUGGAGUUCAUACAGAGCAGUUUAAAACCUGGACAUUUUGGUUGGAUUGGACUAUAUGUUACAUUCCCAGGAAACCUAUGGAUGUGGAUAGAUGAACACUUUUUAGUUCCAGAAUUGUUUUCCGUGAUUGGACCAACUGAUGACAGGAGCUGUGCCGUUAUCACAGGGAAGCGGGUGUAUUCUGAAGACUGUAGUUCCACAUUUAAGGGAAUUUGCCAGAGAGAUGCGAUCUUCACGCGCAAUAGAACCAGUGUUGUGUAAAUGUACAACAAAAUGUAGAAAUACUUUGCAUGUUAAAGCAGAGCCAGAUUUUAAAGACUUGGGUUUUUUAGGUAAAGUUUCUAACAGAAAGUUUCUAACAGACAUCAUCUAAAUAGGAGAAAAGUAUUUUAUCCUAAAUUGAUCAUAAAGACAACUUCUGAACAGAACUUUCACUCCAUACUUGGAUUUCCAGUUUGUCUUUUCCAUGGCAUUGACAAUAAAAGCUAAAUAAAAAGUUAGUAAUUCUUUUAAUAGUUAUUUAAUAGUUUGAUAUUUUUUGCAUUUAAGAUAGCAUAGAAUAAAACAACUUUAAAGGAAUGUUAUUUAGCUAUAUGUACUAUGUGGUAGAUUGGAAGGAAAGAAGCAGUAUAUGUACAAAUAUAAUAUUUGAAGCAUGGAAUUCUGAAUUUUUCAUUUGUGUAUCAUAGCCUGAAGUGUUUGGUGGGGAGUGGGUAAUGAGAAAUUACCUAAUGGGUAUAAUAUACAAUAUUUAGGUGAUAGAUAAACUAAAAGCUCAGACUUCUCCACUCUAAUUCAUGUAACAAAAUUAUACUUGUACCGUUUAAAUGUAUACAAAUAAAAAAAAAAGUC